AGUUAAAACGGGUAAAGGGGCAAAGUCCACCCACUCCUCCCUUAACGCCGACCAGCCAAGCAUUAGCCGCAUCAGCUUUCACACCAGUAGGUAGCCUCAGCUACUCGGCUGCAACAUCAGGCCUACAGAAAGCACACGAACACAUACCAUUGUUCUCAAUAAGUGCUGCCUGGAGUCACGGAUACACAGGUUAUCCUGUAAUACCUAGCUCUCUUCCUGGAGGACUACCAUCGGACCUUAUUCCAGGCUCAAUUACCACUAAGCUAGAUGCAGGAAAAUCCAUGGUGCCGUCCAUGGCACCACUUCUUCCGGCUCCACAGAAUAAGGCCCCUAAGUUUGACUUUGCUAACCUUGCUGAUUCAGCAACAAGACCGUGUAAUGCUGACCAAAAUUUUCUGGUACCAGCUUCAGCAAAAAUUCCACACCUCGGUGCUUCCAGAUCAGAAGAGCGAAAACGAGGGAGAGGUCCUACAAGGGCGAAGAAAGAAUUUAUUUGCAAAUAUUGUGGACGACAUUUCACUAAGUCUUAUAAUUUGCUGAUUCAUGAGCGGACACACACUGAUGAGAGGCCGUAUUCUUGUGACAUCUGUCACAAAGCCUUCCGACGACAAGAUCAUCUGAGAGAUCACAGGUAUAUACACUCCAAAGAGAAACCAUUUAAGUGUCAAGAGUGCGGCAAAGGUUUCUGCCAAUCACGAACGCUGGCUGUGCAUAAGACACUUCACUUACAAGAAUCACCACACAAGUGCCCGACCUGCAGCCGAACCUUCAACCAACGUAGCAACUUGAAAACGCAUCUCUUGACGCACACGGACAUCAAACCGUACAACUGCGAACACUGCGGCAAGGUGUUCCGCCGGAACUGUGAUCUGCGUCGACAUAGUCUCACGCACAGAAUUCCAUAAGUGGCGAUUACGUCUAGUAGAUUAACUAUAUGCAUUCCAACUCAGGAUUAGGUUUUGGGAAAAGAACUUAUAAGGGAUGGGUGGGGUUAGAUAGAGGGGCGUAAAUUCCCCUUUCAAAUAGUUAGAAUGAUAGCUUCAUGGUGUAAGUGUUCUGUAAUACUAACCAUGAAUCAUUAAAUUUGUUAAACCCAUGUAAUAGGUACAAUAUGUAAAAUAAUUUUAAGCCUUUGUUCAUUUAAAAAAUUGUUUUUAACUACCACUUUCUCAUAAAUAUUUAAAAUAAUGUAAAUUAAAAUUUAAAAACUUUUUUAAAGCGAAUAGGAAAUAAUUGAUUAGCCGUGAAUGGUAUUCUCAUAUUAUUUAUCUAAAUGUUAAUAUGGAUUAAUGUGUAACAAUUAAUGUGGAACAAUGCACUUUUUUAGAGACAGCAUCCUCGUCCCACACCUACGGAUGAGGGUGUGCUGCACAUUAUCUAUCUUUACAGUAGGCUUGGUAGUUGAGUUAUCUGAUAUCAAGAUCCGUACUUGUUGGCUUCCAGGUGUAAAAAGACAAUAUAACAACUUCCUCAAAGGAUUGCUUCCAAUGUUGGCAGGUCUCCUUGAAGCUAAACACUCCCUCUAUUAGUCGACCUACCAGGAUGUUAGGUCGAUGUUUAGCUAAUCUUACUUUGUUUAAUAGCUACCUUUGUUUGGAAUCAAUCCUCCACAAUCUUCUAAUAAUAAUAAUUACUAUUUUUAGAUAUUUAUAUGAAAUUUCCUUCCUGAAUUUAUUAAAGGAAAAUUAGAGGGUAAACUAUUAAAUUUGAAAAAAAAAAUCAAAACGUUUUUAAUAGUGAUUAAAAUCUAAAAUUAAAUGGAACUGCCAAAUGUGGCUUCGAAAACUUAGAUGGUAUUGGAUGCUUUAAGGGGAAAGGAUAGUUUUAAAGAUUUCUAUAAUGAUUUAGAUUUAUAAACAAAAUAAGUAACUAAACUAUCCUGAUACAGCAGAAGUAAAUAAUAUUAUAUAAUAACACAUUUUUUAAAUGUAUACGAAUUACAAAUCUUAUUUGAUAUGACUCCAUUCAACAAUUAUUUACAAUUAGUCCUAUAUUUUCAGUCAUGAAUUAUGUGGGCAGUAUGUGGUGUUUGUAUAUAUUGGGCAUAUCAUUUAAGCGUGGAAGUUAUUUGCUUACGAUGACUUCCUUAGUGUAGCUAAUAGCUUUGAUUGUCUUGUGCGAUCAGUUGUCCUGUUGCAUUUUUGUCAAGGCUAAUGUUUCUUGCACGCUUAUCUAAUCCGGGAGUAUCUCAACAAUCAAAUUCAGAAUUCUAAUUCAAAAGCAAUCCAUUAAGUUAAUGCACAAACUGAAUCUGGACACAUUUAAGAAAUACUUUGAGGAGUUUUUACUCUUUGCAGAAAAUUACAAAUUGUAUUGCAAAAGAAAAAUAUGAUAUAUUACAUUUUUUAAUGUACAAUUCUUUUUGGAAUACUAUUUUUACAAAAUGUUCAUCUAUAUGUAUUUUUUUAAGCAUCCCUAUAUUUAUUCUUUUCAUAUUUAAAAUAUCACUUAAUUAUUUUUAUUUGAAUUUCAGUCUGUUUUGUGUCCACCUUUAGAAAUAAUGUUCAUGUUAAUAUAACUAUCAAAAAUAUGGAAUCUUAUUUAUUAUUUGAUUGUAGUUCAAAUAAUGGGCCUGGAUUAUUUAAGAAUACUUUAAUUUUAUAUCAAAUUCAUCUCAUGUUUAAAUGCUCUAUCUUUCACUUGUUUGUGGAUAGUUCUGUAUGUUAACACUCGUUUUAUAUUUGUAAAAAACAUUUAGUAAUGUUUUCACUUUAUUGUAAAUAGAUUAAAUUGUAAAAGGUUUUUUUUAUCAGUUUACUGAUGCAAGCACAUUAUUUCACUGUAAAUAUAGAGUCAGUGUUAUUAAAUUAAACAUAAAUUAGUAUCACUGUAAAUUAUAUAUUUGCUUCUAAAAAUCAUUAGGAAUCGGAUAGCUAUAAACUAAUAAAAAACAUAUUUUUUGUAGUUGGUUUAUUUGGUAUUGCCAAUAAUGAUCAAAGUUGACUAAUGGACAUGUUGCCAAAUCUCCUAUGGUGCUAAGAUAAAGAUGAAGGUGUUUGGUUUUUUUCAGAUAGAUUGAUGUACAUGAUGCAAUUUUAUUGAAUUUGAGAUUCUUGGUAAAAAUGGGUCAGUAAUUUGUAACCUUAAGUUUUAGGAUCUUUUUUUUUUUUGGUUCAGAAAUUGGCUUUACCAUACCUCAAAUAUCAUGCUUUCAGGAAUAUUUUUUGUUCAUGUAAAAUUAUUUAAAACUCAAUAUAGUAAAUAUGUUGUGGACUAUUUUAAGAUUUUAGUUGACAAGUCUCAAUACAUUUAAAUACUAAAAAAUAUUGACAUCUAUAGUCAAAAUUUGGAGUUUAACCUUUAUUGGUUACUUACCUAAAUUUGACAAGAUGCACAACUCAACUAAGUUAGUGGUGGAAAGUUAGUUAAUCAUGAUUCAAUUGAUGUAAUUUUUUUUUCCACACCUACUAGUACAAUUUUAUUUAGAUAUUAUUAGUGAGGCACAAUCUAUAGGUUUACAAGAUACAGGAUACAAUAUUUUUUUUUUUUUUUUGUAUGACAUGUUUCUGAAAGUGUUCUGUGCAUCAACUCAAGAGCUUAUUAUUUUUUACAAAAAAUAUACUUAUUAUUUAGUGCGCGAAUUAUAUUAAAAUUGAUUAAUAAAAUCAAUCAGAUGACUUUUCUGAAAGAUAUUUUUUAAUGAAAUUAAAAUUAUGUAGAAUUCUUAAUGAAUCACUACAGCUUAUUGAUUCAAAUGGUGCUCAGAGAUUAAAAAUCAAUUAUUUAUUAAUUGAUCUAAUGUUUAAUGUGGUUUGUCAUUGUAUGGGUACAAGCAUAUAGGUAUGUGUAGUAGGUAGGCUAUCUUAAUGCUAGCAUAACUGCUGAAAUAACACAAUGUGAUUAAAACCUGAUUAAUGUAUAGUUUGUAAGAUAAUUACAUUUGUUGAAGUUAAGUUAUUGUUACAUAGUUUGUAAAUAUAAAUGUUUAGCAUUUCUUUAUCAGUUGAAUAUUAAGCUGAGUAUUUGCUGUAAUUGGUACUAUUUCUUAUUUUCAGGUCUGCUACAAAAACUUUGAAUGUAAAAAUCAUGUUUGUACCAAUUUAGUGUCAUUUUACAUCUUGUUUUCAGGGUACAAAUCAUGGUACAGUGAUGGUAUCAUUUAUAUAGUAAUGGUAUGAUGUCUCUAGUGCCUUACACAAUGUGCGUCAUCCAAGGUGCUUUAAACAUAUGUAAUGGUGAUCAGGUUUACUACCAUUCUGUUACCAUUUGCUGUACCAUAAUUUUACAACAACAGCGGUAUUAUAAGCCAAGGAGUUUAAAAUAAAGUUUAGGAAUGUAACUCACAUUUAUUAAGAUGACUUUUGAUGUUAAAUCUGGAAUGUGGCUAUAUUGACUUAAAAAUGAUUUUCAAUUUUAUUUAAGACAUUUCGAUGUAAUGUUCCAGUCAGUUACAUUAGAAGAUCAUAUCUUUAACCUGUCAGUUAUAUGACUAAACUUUUGGCUUAAAAUGUGCUGAUAUACACGACACAAGAUUAAGAAAAUACUGGUUUAUUGGCCCCUUGGUAAGACGUAGUAGACAUAGCAUUUCAUUGACGAGAGUUUUCAUUUACACUGAGCAAAUGGUUAUGAAAACUUUGAUUGAAUUUUGAGUUGGCAACACUGUAGACCCACUGGGGACAUUGUCAUCAUCAACAUGAUUAUCUUCUCUUUUAACAGAAAUAAAUUCAUUUAAAUUUUGAAUUCUACGUGAAUGUUGUCAUUUGACACACAUUUGUUUCCAUAUCAAGUAUAUUUUAGGGGUUUUUCUCCGAGAGCUCAAGUUUUCCUGUUUUUUAAAUGGUUCAAAGUUUUUAUGUUAAUAUAUGAUGUAAAUUUUCAUAAAUAGUAUCAGCUGUAGGUGAACAGUUGACUUAACAGUAUUGUAAGUUAAAAUGGCUUGUUAACUGUUCUGUUUCAUUUUAACAGUUAAACUGUUACAUGUUAACAGUAGGGAGCUUUCGAUUUGUGCGAUGAUGUGACGCGAGAACAGAAUCACUCAUGCGUGACUGUCCUACCUGGCAUCCUACGUUCUCUACAUACGUAGAUUUGGCCAAAUUGCGUUCCAGAAUCUGCUCGACGAGGUGACCUUAACGUUCUCGCAUGCGCAGAUGACUUUUACUGACGUCAUUACGUUCUACGUCCUACCGUCGUCAUGUAAUCGAAAGCUUCCUAGUUCAUAUUAACAGUUGCAGUUUAACAGUCACAAAUUGAUUUAGGCCUACUAGUCGGAGGUUAAUUUUUUAAAACAUUUUUUUUGGUGUUUUGAGGAAUAUCCAUUUCUUACUUCAGUGGCAAUAAUUCAACAGAGAUGAACCAAGUUUUGGAUAUUACCCAGAAUUCAAAUGUGGCAGGAAAUACCAAGUCUAAAUCCUCUUUUAUUUACUGUAUAUUUUGGAAAUCAUCAAUAAUAGAAAUUAAAUUGAAAUAAAUUCAUAUUUUGGUUUAAACCUUUGGGGAACACUGUAUAUACCUCCUUUGCUACUUAGUAUCGGUACUACAUAUUAUCAACUACAGUGUUGUUUUUUUUUGUAGUACAGUAUAUACUAUAUAUCAAAUUUAUAUUUUCUAGUGAAUUAUCAUUGGUCCUGUCUGGUACUUGUCCACAUUUGAAACACUGACAACUUAAUUUAUACCUCUAUCCUAUUUGUGAAUAAUUAUUACAUUUUCUUUUUGAAUCUUCGUCAAAAACUGAUGCGCUUUCGGUGAUAAUAUGUAAAUAAAGUGCUUUAUUAUUUGGCUUAUAUUUUUAAAAGAAACUUUUUAAUUUACCUUUUCAAGGAGCAAUAUGCUAUUAUUAUUUAUUUUUUGUUUAAAUAACCAUUUGUAACCGAUAGAAAUAUUUUUGGAAAUGUAUUUUGUGUCUUGUUUUCAGUGGUGCAAUUAGUCGAUACGAGUAUGUUCGUCUAGCUAAAUGAUACCCUGAACCUGUGUCUUGAGUACAAGAUGAAUGUACAUGUAAAUGUUAUUAGUAGAGAUCUUCCAUUCUGAGAGAUAGUAGAAUGCUUUAGCAUUCUCCAAAAUAUAAUUUAUUUUGUACUAAAUUCUUAUUGCAUAAUAAAGUAAUUUGUCAGGA